AUGUCCGGCCCAAUCGAGAUCCAGAAUCUCAAGAGCCGCGACCCCUUCGCCGAAGCCGACGAGGACUCGGGACAGACUACUCAAACCCAGGAGUACAUCCAUAUCCGCAUCCAACAGCGUAAUGGCCGCAAAACCUUGACUACCGUGCAAGGAAUUCCCAGCAAGUUUGACCACAAGAAGAUUCUCAAGGUCAUCAAGAAGGAAUUCGCUUGCAAUGGCACCAUCAUCAGUGACACCGAGUCCAAGGGCAUGGGCGAGGUGAUCCAGCUUCAGGGCGAUCACCGUGCCAAGAUUAGAGAGUUCCUCAUCAACCCCGAGACCGGUCUUGGUCUCGAUGAGAAGACCAUCAAGGUCCACGGCUUCUAA